AUGACGUUAAACCCUCCGCCCCUUGCUUCCUCUGCCCUGGAUAUCAUCGGAAACACGCCGGUUGUCCAACUCAAGCGCGUAGUCCCUCAGAAUGCCGCUGAUGUUUUCGUCAAACUCGAGUUUCUCAACCCGACAGGCUCCUACAAAGACCGGAUGGCAAAAUCCAUGAUCGAGCAAGCGGAACACCGCGGAGACCUGAAGCCCGACAUGACAGUCGUUGAAGCCACAGGUGGCAGCACCGGCGCAUCCCUGGCCUUCAUCUGCGCCCUCAAGGGGUAUGCGUUUCUGGCGCUGGCGGCCGAUGCGAUUGCGCCCGAGAAGCUGCGUACGAUGGCUGCGUUUGGCGGAAAACUCGACAUCACCCAUAGCCCCUCGGGGAAAACAACGUCGGAUCUGAUGGCGUCCAUGAACAAGAGGGCUGCCGACCUUGGAUCGCGCGACGACUAUCUCUACACCGACCAAUUUUCCAAUCGGGAUGCGCUCGCCGGGUACGCCCAAAUCGGCCACGAACUAGUCCGGCAGUUCCCCGACGGUUUUGAUGUCUUUUGCGGUGCUUUCGGCACAGCGGGCAUGGCGAUGGGCGUGUCCAGUGUCAUCAAGAUUCAUAACCCAAGAGUCCGCGUUGUCUUGCUCGAGCCCGAUUCCGCGGCCCUGCUGGCAAGAGGCCGGAGUGGCUCGCAUGGCGUCGAUGGCAUUGCGCCAGGUUUUAUCUCGGCCCAUAUUGACCGAAAAUUAUACGACCAAGCCCGGACCGUCCACGAAGAGGACGCCCGCGACAUGUGCCGCCGUCUAGCUAAGGAAGAGGGGCUGCUGGUUGGUACGUCGUCGGGUCUGAACAUCGCUGCUGCGAUUGAGCUGGCCAAAGAGCUGGGCCCUGGGAAGAAGGUCGUGACGGUUGCUUGCGACACUGGGUUGAAAUAUCUGACGGGGUCUCUUUUCUCAGAAGACCGAGAGUAG